AUGCAAGAAGCACAGACUAGCAGUGAAAAAGCUGGACAUAUGGCGUCUACCACCCAUCUUAGUGAGGAACAGUACUGCUGAUAAAGCACACUGUAAAAAUCAUUCGAAAAAGCAGUUAUCUUAAAAUCAAACCUGUACAAUCAUAGACAAAAGUCCUUGGGACAGUGAUGCAAUAUUCAUAUUUUUCUGUCAUUCUGGGUUCCCUCAUCAAACAGUGCUUCCUUUUCGAAAUUUUCUUGCCUUUCUCGUCCCCCCCCCCNCCCCCCCCCCCCCCCCUUUAACCCCAUACAAAAAAAAAAAUUCUGGAAUGCACGUGUCCAACAUCGUUUGUCGGGUGAGGGGAGAGGUUGGGCCUGUGUGAAUUGGAAAACGCCCCAGAAAUGCAAAAGUGUCCCAAGACUUUUGUCCAUGAGUGUAGUUCUGUUUGGUUACAGUACAGUACCAUACUGUACAAUACACUGAGUUUCAUUUCAUAAUGGGUCAAGGAAUCUGGACUGUUAUCCAUGAUUGUAUUAUUUUAUAGUGUCAGUGACAAUAUUCAAUAUGUUACAUACACCACGCCUCUUUGCCCUCUGUUACCGUGUUGGCCUGCACACUUGCCUUCCUGCUAGCUUAAAAAUUGUGUCUGGUUUCAGUAAUGGUAUUUUUGACGGGGAUGGGACAUCAUUCCAUCACCAAACCCCCAACCUGGAGAGCCAGGUGUUGUAAUAGUUUACGUUUACCUCGCCACCAAUUCAAUUGUUACCAAGAAGUCUACUCGCCACCACAUAAUAACUCUGCAAUAAUUGACACUGUUUACUUACUGGGAUUGUUACUUCUUCUUCAAGUCCAAAUAUAAGUCUAUUGAUUUUAAUUGACACCUUGGGUUGCACCUUCUCAUCUUUAGUUUAAUUUUUUGUGAAGAAUUGCGACUUUUUUUAAUACCUUAAUACAGCUUAUUUGUAUCACUCGAGAGGUGCGAUUUGUUUAAAAUCCAACAGCUUUUCUUAUGAAAGUUGGUUAAUAUUGUCACUUGAACUGUACCUCCUUAAAUUACGUUGUAAAUUUAAAGUGAAAGAAUUCUUUUUAGAGACUUGUCCUCGUGGCGAUUUCGUUGGUGGCAAGAUAGUUUGGUGGCUAGGUGACCGGACUAGUACCGUUGCAAUUCGUCUGGUCUUUCGUCCAAAACCUUCCCAGCACAGUUAUACCUACCACCCACCAGGAACCAAGGCCCCAGCUGGCAUAGCUUUUAGGGUCAUCAAGGUACACAAACCUCCCCUCCAUGCAUGUUAAGGUUCAACGCUUUGGGAAGAUUUUAUGCUAUGUGCAAGCGGAUGCAACAGUGGUGGCCAGCAACUGCCAACACUGUUGGAUGUUACAUCUUGCACCUGUUUGCACCCCCUGUUGCAUGUUGUUGGGAGUUGUUGCGCAAAGUUUGAACCCGGUCAAACCUUAAGCUAUGUGCAAAUGGACGCAACAACUCUCAACAUAUCCCGUCCGUUUGCACGGGGCUUUACAUUUAACACCGUUUCUAUUCCACUGGCAGGUUAUUCACUUGAAGCGAUUUCAGUUAGUUAACAACAACUGGGUGAAGUCAAAUAAGAUUGUUCAGUUUCCUGUCCAGAAGUGGAACAUCAAGACAGUGCCAUUACGUCAGAUGGCGGAGUCACUACAGUCAAUGUCAAAAGCAGUGAGGAAUUGGUGAACGAGGAGGAGACUGAGGAGAGGAAAGAAGCAACCACACGGCAGGGGAGUGAAGUGAGUAGAGACAUCGCUCUGUCUGUCAGAUGUGACAAAGUACUCUUAAGGGUAGUGUUGGGAAUCAGCUGGGAUCUUUCAUAGUCGAUCAUCUGAAGUAACUGGAUUAACCCAACCAAUCAAUCGUGGAUUAUAAUCAGAGAAAUCUCUUUAUAACAAUGUCAUUUAUUUUUUAUCCUUACUGGCCUAUAAGUGUUGGUGUGUUGGUGCCUACGAGGGAUGUGCUAUGCAAUUUUUGACCUAUACAAAAAUGAGGUUUUUCUGUCCCCAACUCCCUGCCUUAAUAAGCUUUCUAAAAGACCUUUUUCCGCUCUAUCUAUAUGCUGAUUACUCAGUAUAGGAGAUAUUGAGAUUUGAUUACUUGUCUUGUUAGCCUGUGUACACCCCCCCCCCCGACCGGCCCUUCCCUCAAAACAAUCAGAGAGAGAGGCCCCCUCUGAUUUUUUUUAAGGAAAGGGCGCGGCUGUACACUGGCCAUGCCUUGUUGGAAUUAAGGAGUACGUGAUUUGUCCACUACUCAGCUUCUCCAUUGGGUAUUGUCAUUUGAUCUCGAAAGGAACAGCCAAACAACAAAGUGAACACGAUCUAUUUUGAUGGACACCUUAAAACUCAUUCUCACACAGCUGUGGUUAUUUUAGGGUCUCACUAAUGUAAAUAUUUGUUUAUACAGGAGUCAUCGUCCCAAAGUUCAGCUGGAGAACUAAGUUCAAGUUCAAGUUGAACUCAACCAAAACAGCAAGCCUCCCUCGCGCCACUCCUCAUGUUUAACUCUUAACUCGGCCAAGGUUCACCCGGAAGUGACGUCAGAGAACUCUGCACCUACCCCUGUAGAAAGAUCAAGCACUUCGGACUUCAUUGUGUCAGAUUCUGCGGAAUCGCAGGGUACUCAACGUGAAAAUGUGCGUAAACUGUUGGCUGCUUCGAGAAGUGAAGGCUCACAAAGUGAGAUACCAACGUACAGGAUAUACGCCAUGUCGGUAUGUCGAAUGAAGCUCAAGUAAACUGUUAGUGAUUCGCAUUGUUCAAGACUCUCUUAGUAUUUCUUACUGACUCUGUUGGGUUUGUUUUAGUGUCACACAGGUGUUCUGGGCGGAGGUCAUUACAUUUCAUAUGCACACAACCCAAACAACAAGUGGUACUGUUAUAAUGACAGCAGCUGUAAGGUUAGUACUGGAUCAACAUGUUUAAUAUGGCGGUCAUACUCUUUGAAGGGUUUCUCUAUCAAGUCAGUGUCAAGUGGUGAACCUUUGUUAUAUUUCUAGGUUUAUUUUGGUUUGAUUGUAAACCAUUUUCACGAUGGCCUUAUUUUACUAUGGCUAAAGCCUGGUGCAAACGGACGCAACAUUGUUGGCCAACAAUGUUAGGAGUUGCUGCGUCCGUUUGCACAUAGCUAAAAGUUUGACCAGCUUCAAACUUGCGCAACAACUGUGCAAACGGACGCAACAUGUAACAUCCAUUUGCUGCGGGCUUUACAUGUUGCGUCCGUUUGCACACCCCGUUGCAUGUUGUUGAAUGUUGUUGGGAGUUGUUGCGCAAAAAUUUGAAACUUGUCAAACGUUUAGCUACGUUUAAACGGACGCAACAACUCCCAAUGUUGUUGCGUCCGUUUGCACGUAGCUUAAGAAGGACACCUUUGAAACCGACAAUANAUACCAACGUACAGGAUAUACGCCAUGUCGGUAUGUCGAAUGAAGCUCAAGUAAACUGUUAGUGAUUCGCAUUGUUCAAGACUCUCUUAGUAUUUCUUACUGACUCUGUUGGGUUUGUUUUAGUGUCACACAGGUGUUCUGGGCGGAGGUCAUUACAUUUCAUAUGCACACAACCCAAACAACAAGUGGUACUGUUAUAAUGACAGCAGCUGUAAGGUUAGUACUGGAUCAACAUGUUUAAUAUGGCGGUCAUACUCUUUGAAGGGUUUCUCUAUCAAGUCAGUGUCAAGUGGUGAACCUUUGUUAUAUUUCUAGGUUUAUUUUGGUUUGAUUGUAAACCAUUUUCACGAUGGCCUUAUUUUACUAUGGCUAAAGCCUGGUGCAAACGGACGCAACAUUGUUGGCCAACAAUGUUAGGAGUUGCUGCGUCCGUUUGCACAUAGCUAAAAGUUUGACCAGCUUCAAACUUGCGCAACAACUGUGCAAACGGACGCAACAUGUAACAUCCAUUUGCUGCGGGCUUUACAUGUUGCGUCCGUUUGCACACCCCGUUGCAUGUUGUUGAAUGUUGUUGGGAGUUGUUGCGCAAAAAUUUGAAACUUGUCAAACGUUUAGCUACGUUUAAACGGACGCAACAACUCCCAAUGUUGUUGCGUCCGUUUGCACGUAGCUUAAGAAGGACACCUUUGAAACCGACAAUAAGUAUCCGUCUAUGUGCGUCUUAUAGAGAUUGAAAUAAAGGUAGUGAAGAAAGACAGGGACCAACUCUAGGUGUCCGUUAAGAAAGAGUUGACUUAAUUACAACAGUUGUCUUGUUUUAUGGAGGUAACUAGGUUGGUAAUGUUUUCGUUUACUUCUCUUGUUUCAGGAAUGUGACAAUACUAAGCUUCAAAAGGACUCGCCCUACAUGUUAUUCUAUCAACAGGACGAUCUGGAGGAAGGAAUGUUUCUUCCAAACUUCAAUGGUCAAACGCCUGACUCGGCCAGCGAUGACGAAGAAUAUGAGAACGAAGUGCGUAGACUGUGCGUCGUUCAAUGAAGGUCCUUGGAGCUGGGGACGGGGGAAGAAUCUUAUAAUUUAUACACAUUUUUUGUAUUGAAAUCUUCAUUCAAUGAAUACUUACGCCAGCGUAAAUUAUCAGAAAUGUUGUAAAUAUAUCGACACGGAGAAUUUUAUUUUUAAAUGCGUUUAAUGCAGAUGAUGAAAUUAUUGCAGUAGUACAUACAGGGUCGCGCUUCCUGUACGAGUAAAAUUUAGAGUUAAGAGAUGAGAGACUGGCAAACGGGACCAAAAUGCGACUGAGUAGGGAGAGGACAUGUUUGUUGCCUCAGCCUCCCCUCCCCCAUUGUCCUUAGCCCUUUACCUUGGUCUUGCAGGGGGUACCGCAUUUCGUACUCUCUCUGACAAGUAUUUGUGUUCCGUGUGCUUUUUGUCCGUCAUUUUUGUGUAAAACAUUUUGUUGGUUAUUGUCUUUAUUCUUCAUACUAUGAAGAAGAUAUGGUCCCUUUAAAGUACUUUAGUAAUUUGUACUGUGAAAGAUGAGGACUUCGCGCGCGAAGUAGCUGUACUUCAAAAUAUGCGAAUCAGAAUGGUGUCACGGUAUUCUAUGCGAUCCAGGUACUUCUAUUCUUGUUAUUGUUGCUUCUUUUGAUGUUUUUUCUUUUUGCGCAACAAAACGUUCUCUUAUGAGCUGUCGUUUAAGAGAAAAAAUUCUGGAUGCACGUGUCCAAUAUCGUUGGUGGGGUGAGGGGAGAGGUUGGGCCUGUGUGAAUUGGAAAACGCCCCAGAAAUGCUAAAGUGUCCCAAGACUUUUGUCCAUGAGUGUAGUUCUGUUUGGUUACAGUACAGUACCAUACUGUACAAUACACUGAGUUUUAUUUCAUAAUGGGUCAAGAAAUCUGGACUGUUAUCCAUGAUUGUAUUAUUUUAUAGUGUCAGUGGCAAAAUUCAAUAUGUUACAUACACCACGCCUCUUUGCACUCUGUUACCGUGUUGGCCUCCACACUUGCCUUCCUGCUAGCUUAAAAAGUGUGUCUUGUUUCAGUAAUGGUAUUUUUGACGGGGAUUGGACAUCAUUCCAUCACCAAACUCCCAACCUGGAGAGCCAGGUGUUGUAAUAGUUUACGUUCACCUCACCACCAAUGAAAUUGCUACCAAGAAGUCUACCCGCCACCACAUAAUUGCUCUGCAAUAAUUGACACUGUUUACUUACUGGGAUUGUCACUUCUUCCUCAAGCCCAAAUGUAAGUCUAUCGAUUUUAAUUGAUACCUUGCGUUGAACUUCUCAUCUUUAGGUUAAUUUUUGUGAAGAAUUGCGACUUUUUUUAAUACCUUAAUAUGGCUCGAGGGUGCAAUUUGUUUAAAAUCCAACAGCCUUUCUUACGAAAGUUGGUUGAUAUUGUCACUUGAACCUUACCUCCUUAAAUUUCAUUGUCAAUUUAAAGUGAAAGAAUUCUUUUUAGAGAGGUGUCCUCGUGGCGAAUUAAUUGGUGGAGAGAUAGUUUGUUGGCUAGGUGACCGGGCUAGUACCAUUGCAAUUCGUCUGGUCUUUCACCCAAAACCUUCCCAGCACGGUUAUACUUACCACCCACCGGGAACCAAGGCCCCAGCUGGCAUAGCUUUCAGGGUCAUUAAGGUACCCAAAGCUCCCCUUCAUGCAUGUUAAGGUGCAACGCUUAGGGAGGAUUUUAUGCUAUGUGCAAACGGACGCAACAUUGGAGGCUAACAACUCCCAACAUUGUUGAAUGUUACAUGUUGCGUCCGCUUGUACACCCUGUUGCAUGUUGCAGGGAGUUGUUGCGCAAAGUUUGAAACAGGUCAAACCUUAAGUUAUGUGCAAAUGGACGCAACAACUCCCAACAAUGUUCCGUCUGUUUGCAGGGGGCUUUACAUUUAACACCGUUUCUAUUCCACUGGCAGGUUAUUCACGCGAUUUCAGUUAGUUAACAACCACUGGGUGAAGUCAAAUAAGAUUGUUCAGUUUCCCAUGGAAGGCUUUGAUCCUUCAGCAUUCCUGGCUAAGCCGUCCAGAAGUGGAACAUCACGUGCUAUUACGUCAGAUGGCGGAGUUACCACAGUCAAUGUCAAAAGCAGUGAGGAACUGGUGAACGAGGAGGAGACUGAGGAGAGGAAAGAAGCAACCACACAGCAGGGAAGUGAAGUGAGUAGAGACAUUGCUCUCUCUGUCAGAUGUGACAAAGUACUCUUAAGGGUAGUGUUGGGAAUCAGCUGGGAUCUUUCAUAGUCGAUCAUCUGAAGUAACUGGAUUAACCCAACCAAUCAAUCAUGUAUUAUAAUCAGAGAAAUCUUUUUAUAACAAUUCCAUUUAUUUUUGAUCCUUGCUGGCUUAUAAGUGUUGGUGUGUUGGUGCCUACGAGGGAUGUGCUAUGCAAUUUUUGACCUAUACAAAAAUGAGGUUUUUCUGUCCCCAACCCCCUGCCUUAAUAAAGCUUUCUUAAAGACCUUUUGCCACUCCAUCUAUAUGCUGAUUACUCAGUAUAGGAGAUCUUGAGAUGUUCUUGUUAGCCUGUAUACACCACCAACCCCCCGCCUUCCCUCAAAACAAUCAGGGAGAGAGUCCCCCUCUGAUUUUUUUUAGGGAAGGGCGCGGCUGUACACUGGAAGUAAGGAGUACGUGAUUUGUCCACUACUCUGCUUCUCCAUUGGGUAUUGUCAUUUGAUCUCAAAAGGAACAGCCAAACAACAAAGUGAACACGAUCUAUUUUGAUGGACCCCUUAAAACUCUCACACAGCUGUGGUUAGUUUAGAGCCUCACUAAUGUCAAUAUUUGUUUAUGAAGGAGUCAUCGUCCCAAAGUUCACCUGGAGAACUAAGUUCAAGUCAAGUUGAACUCAACCAAAACAGCAAGCCUCCCUCGCGCCAUCCCUCAUGUUUAAGUCUUAACUCGGCCAAGGUUCACCCGGAAGUGACGUAAGAGAACUCCUCACCUACCCCUGUAGAAAGACCAAGCACUUCGGACUUCAUUUUGUCAGAUUUUGCAGAAUCGCAGGGUACUCAACGUGAAAAUGUGCGUAAAGUGUUGGCGGCUUCGAGAAGUGAAGGCUCACAAAGUGAGGUACCAACGUACAGGAUAUACGCCAUGUCGGUAUGUCGAAUGAAGCUCAAGCAAACUGUUAGUGAUUCGCAUUGUUCAAAACUCUCUUAGUAUUUCUCUACUGACUCUGUUGGGUUUGUUUUAGUGUCACACAGGUGUUCUGGGCGGAGGUCAUUACAUUUCAUAUGCACACAACCCAAACAGCAAAUGGUACUGUUAUAAUGACAGUAGCUGUAAGGUUAGUACUGGAUCAACGUGUUUAAUAUGGCGGUCUUACUGUUUUAAGGGUUUCUCUAUCAAGUGGUGGACCUUUGUUAUAUUUCUAGGUUUAUUUUGGUUGGACUGUAAACCAUUUUCACGUUGGCCGUAUUUUAUUACGACUAAAGCCUGGUGCAAACGGACGCAACAUUGUUGACCAACAACUCCCAACAAUGUUGGGAGUUGUUACUUCCGUUUGUACGUAGUUCAAAGUUUGGCCGGUUUCAAACUUUGCGCAACAACUCCCAACAACACGCCACAACAUGCAACAGGGUGUGCAAACGGACGAAACAUGUAACAUCCAUUUGCUCCGGGCUUUACAUGUUGCGUCCGUUUGCACACCUCGUUGCAUGUUGUUGAGUGUUGUUGGGAGUUGUUGCGCAAAAGUUUGAAACUAGUCAAACGUUUAGCAACGUUUAAACGGACGCAACAACUCCCAGCAUUGCUGGCCUAACAAUAUUGGGAGUUGUUGCGUCUGUUUGCGCGUAGCUUAAGAAGGACACCUUCAAGACCGCCAGUAAGUCUCCGUCUAUUUGCGUCUUAUAGAGAUUGAAAUAAAGGUCGUGAAGAUAGGCAGGGACCAACUCUAGGUGUCCGUUAAGAAGAAUUGACUUAAUCGCAACAGUUGUCGUGUAUUAUGGAGGUAACUAGGUUGAUAAUGUUUUCGUUUGCUUUUCUUGUUUCAGGAAUGUGACAAUACUAAGCUUCAAAAGGACUCGCCCUACAUGUUAUUCUAUCAACAGGACGAUCUGGAGGAAGGAAUGUUUCUUCCCAACUUCAAUGGUCAAACGCCUGACUCGGCCAGCGAUGACGAAGAAUAUGAGAACGAAGUGCGUAGACUGUGCGUCGUUCAAUUAAGGCCCUUGGAGCCGGGGACGGGGGAAGAAUCUUAUAAUUUAUGCACAUUUUUUGUAUUGAAAUCUUCAUUCAAUGAAUACCUACGCGAGCGUAAAUUAUCAGAAAUGUUGUAAAUAUAUCGACACGGAGAAUUUUAUUUUUAAAUGCCUUUAAUGCAUAUGAUGAAAUUAUUGCAACAAUGCGUACAGGGUGGCGCUUCCUGUACAAGUAAAAUUUAGAGUUAAGAGAUGAGAGACUGGCAAACAGGACCAAAAUGCGACUGAGUAGGGAGAGGACGUGUUUGUCGCCUCAGCCUCCCCUCCCCCAUUGUCUUUAGCCCUUUACCUUGGUCUUGCAGGGGGUACCCCAUUUCGUACUCUCUCUGACAAGUAUUUGUGUUCCGUGUGCUUUUUUGUCCCUCAUUUUUGUGUAAACAUUUUGUUGUUUAUUGUCUUUAUUCCUCAUACUAUGAAGAUGAUAUUGUCCCUUUAAAGUACUUUAGUAAUUUGUACUGUGAAAGAUGAGGACUUCGCGCGCGAAGUUGCUGUACUUAAAAAUAUGCGAAUCAGAAUGGUGUCACGGUAUUCUAUGCGAUCCAGGUACUUCUAUUCUUGUUAUUGUUGCUUGUUUUGAUGUUUUUUCUUUUUGCGCAACAAAACGUUCUCUUAUGAGCUGUCGUUUAAGAAGGUGCCUUUUUUUUUUGUCUCGGCAGCUCAUUUGGGGAAAGUUUGCUGUGGGUCCCCCUCCUAACAUUCUUAUUUAAUUAUUCCAUGUUUAUUCCGGCGUGAUAAAGCGAUGACAAUCUAUGUCAAUUGAUAAUAAUCGAUAGUAAAGUUUGUAUUGAACUAGGGGCUCUGAAUUAAUUGUUGUCAAUGUUGUUAAAAACAAACAUUAUAAAUUGAGCGCCCUUUAUUCAACAUAAAAAAACUGACAAUAAUAUACAAUAUUCCUGAUUCAGCACGAAAGAGUUGGAAAAAUAAUGCGAAAAAUCCAAGUCGUGGAUCGAAAACAGAUUGAAAGAGAGUGUAAAUUUAUGUGGCCCGUGCUAGCCGGGCCUGGAGGAACGCCUGAAGUACCGUGAAAAUUUCCGCGUUAUUUUCAAGUGUACGCCACGCGCAAAUUCGUCAGUUAUUUCAGGCUGAGAUUGUUAAUAACUAACGACGUUAUAGUGGAAUUAUUCCCUUCCCUUGUUUCACCACCGUGACAUCAAGUCUCUAACUGCCUUGCAGAAAAAAAAUUACAUCUAGUGAAGCCAAUUUCAAGAUCCAGCCCUUGAUAACACGUUCAGUCCAUACUUAAAUGGUCUCCUCUUUUG